GUUGAAUAAUAAAUAAAGAUAUUGGGAAUAUGGGAAGUAGUCUAGGGAAGACAGCUGGAAGUGGAAGUGAAGGACAGGAGACUUGUAUUUUUAAGAAGUUGGCCCCAGUGGUAGGAUUCGCUCUUGGAGCUGGUCUAGUAGUCUAUUAUAUGAGAAGAAAAGAAAGCAUAGAGCAAGACAAUUCAAAAGGAUUCAAGCCUAGCAUGAGUGGGUUUUUGCAAACAUGCGAAAGAGAUGAAAGUGAUUGCUUCCAAAUGAAACUCACUGAGAAAAUAGUCCUGAAUCAUGACAGCUAUAUUUUUAGAUUUGGAUUUCCCGAUAAAGAACAGGAGUUUGGACUCGAACUCGGAGGUCAUAUCUUAUUCUAUGCUGAUUGUCCAGAUCCAGAGAAUGGGAAUGAAGUGUCUGAGGUCAAGAGAAAAUACACUCCUAUCUCUGGUCUAGACCAGAAAGGAUACGUAGACUUCCUUGUGAAGAUUUACAGAGCUGGAGAUCACCCGAAGUUCCCAAAUGGAGGAAGAAUGACCAGAUAUCUUGAAGGCUUGGAGGUUGGGGAUUCGGUCAAGAUGAGAGGACCAGUUUCCAAGAAAGUUUACAAAGGAGACUGUAACUGGAUUCUUUCAGGGGAACCACACAAAAUGACUCAUCUUGGAGGUGUUCUUGGAGGGUCUGGAAUUACUCCAUUUUUCCAAUACAUGAAAGCUGUUGUUGACAACAAAGAUCCAUUGAAAAUCUCUAUAGUGUACGGAAAUAAGACUGAGAAGGAUAUUUUACUUAAAGAUGAACUCGAUGAACUCCAGAAACAAUAUCCUGAGAAUAUCAAGAUCCAUUACAUCAUUGACAAACCAGAAGACCCUGAAAAUUGGGAUUCUGAUGUUGGAUACAUCACAAGAGAGAUCUUGGAGGAGCAUUUGCCUCCUCCAGGUCCAGAGACCAUGGUAAUCCCAAUUGGGCCAAAACCAAUGAAUAAGCUGACUCGUGAGCUUCUUCAUGAUUACACUUUCUACUAA